AUCAAGGCCCUAAUUUUCUUUAGUCACAAACUUUUGGGAAAAGUAGAAACCAAUGGAGGAGUCUUUUCAUGAUGGCGUGGGCGGGUCCCAAUGGACACGGUUCCAUUGGCUUUUCCGUCCUACAAAUACCCCCCUCAUUCUCUUUCCAUUCCCAUCAACCCACUCCCACUUCUCCUUCCUCCAUCAUCAGCAACAACAACAAGCUCCCCGCUGCAACUGAGCACCUUCAGUGGUCUCUCAGUAGGUCACUGCUCUGUGUUGGGUGCUGUUGCGUUAAUUUUAUAUCUUUCAGUUUAAGGUUUCAAUACCCUGCUAUAAAUAACCCACCGUACCCAACCAAAUUUGCCCACCCACGUCUCCUCCUCCUCCUCCCCUAUCUGCAACUUUCAACAUGGCAGACCGCUCAAGAAGCAACCUGCCUUCUGGUGCAAGACCCACCAGCCAUGCAGCAGCUCCGUCCAUCCCCUCAUCUCCGGGAUUUCCUUGUCCCCACUGUUCCCGGCUGUUUGACUCCCCUCAAGCGCUCGGCGGGCAUCAGAACGCUCACAGACACGAGCGAGCAGCUUAUCGAAACUUUCUGGCCACUCAUCAGCAGCAAUACGAAGCAGCUGCUCUUUGACUCCCCUCAAGCGCUCGGCGGGCACCAGAACGCUCACAAACACGAGCGAGCAGCUCAGCGAAACCUUCCGGCCACCCACCAGCAGCGAUACCAUCCACCUGCUCUGUUCCCUGCUGAUCAACAUCAACAACACACCUCAUCGAUACCAUUUCCCCACUCUCCGGGCAUGGACCCUACCGUGGGUGCAGCCAGGUUUGUUAACGUGUGGCCGGAACCCAUCCAGCCGCGGCAGCACCUUCCUUCCAGCUCGGUCCCUCAUCAGAGUUUUCUGGGCGUUUCGACUACUCCCGACGCUCUCUCCCCUACCGCGGAUGUGGAUGAUUCUUCUGCCGAUAUUGAUCUAACCCUCCGCCUGUGAAGCAGGACGUUUCUCUUUCUCUUAACUUCUUUCUUUUUUUGUUUCUGAAAGGAAAUGGAACAAGUUAAUGGGAUUUGAUGAGAAUGAAAGUGCUUAGGGCUAAUGGGAUUCUUGAAUCUCUUGUUUGGUGUUCGUUUCCAUAUGUUUAUGGGGUUUCAACUUUUUUCUUUUUUUUGUCCUCAUCUUACCAAGUGUAAAGUGAAGGAUGAUGAUGAUGUAUGUUAGUUCCCUCAGCUUUGUUCUAAUAUAUCAAAGUAGUAAUU